UGCAGCGGCAGCUUGGUGCGAUCGGUCUUACUGACAAUGAACUACUUUCGUGGAUCGAGAAAAUGAGACACAAUACCCCGCCCCUUGUCACGUUUGUAGGGUCAAGCGACAACAUUUUGGUUGGCUCUAGCUAUGUACGAAGCUGGGCACCACGAUUGAGAACAUCCGACCAUAAUGACAAUGGUAUUCUUGUGCCAGCGCGCAUGUGGUAUGACAUCCAGGGCAAAAUUAUGGAACAUGUCCUUCGAGGAUGCAUGCAGGCGGUCCUGGAACAAAUACAGCGGAACCCUGGCAUUACGUCGUCGACGAUCCUCCAUAAACUCAAGACGUUGCUCGUAGCCGGUGAAGUAUACGAUAUAUUACGUAUGCUGGAACAGCGCCAAUGUAUCAGAAGCAAAGCCAUCGCCUUCCCUGCGCGUACCACGUUGUUUUCCGGCCCACGCCUGUUCCACACGCAAGGUACGUAGUACGGACAGCAGGCACCCGAACCACUCUUGUACUAAAACCUCCGUUUCAUUUCCUUCACCAGAUAGCAACGCCAUCACCAAAGAUAAAGUAUACUGCUACUGGACCUUGCCUGAUUGCUGGAUUAACAUCGUGUAGUCUGCCACGUUAUUGUAUUAUAACCCCCUUGACCCAUUGCAUGGCAUGAGGAAUAAACCACACGACAUAUUAGUGUAGCCCUAAUAAAUACUCCCCAUUUUGGUACGAGCGACAACACCAUGGCAUUGUCUAGGAUCUCCAUUAAGCCCCA